AUGGAGGCGUGUCCUCUGACGCAAGCACGCACGUAACGGCCACAGCCUCGCUCUCCUCUGUCUGCACGCGCCAGACUAUUAUAAAUACAAGCCGCACUGGGUACCUAACACUGCUUCUUCUCCCAUCGUUGGACAGAUCGGAUUUCACUCAGGAGUGUUUUAACGCCGCUUCAUUCCCGUCUGGUAUUUUUCUAAAUUAUUCUAUGUCUCUUUUUUUUCGUUUUAGUCGAGGGCUUUCUGCUUGAGUGUGAUAAAGACAGCAGGAAUGUGCUAAUCUUGCCGAGCUAACUAAAGGAAGCGAAGCAGUUCAGGCUGUAUCUAUGAGAGACACGUUUACACUCUCAACAGGAAGAAGCGGGUUUCAUUAUUAUGCAGACUGGUCCACAUCUUCUCAGUUCAUUUGACCUUUUUCUUACACUAUUUAAGCUGUGACUUUAAAACAAGGAAGAGUGGGAUGUGCCAUGAUGCGGUGUUAUGUAAUGCACGGUGGCAUUAGAGAUGCGUGGCUAUCCUCUGAUGGGCACUAAUGCUUGGUGGGGUCUUUAUUUAGCUGCUAUAUGUCAUGGUAGGGGUGUGUGGUGGAGGCAGCUCCCCGUCGACCUAUCAUCUCUCUAGAGCAGGAUAAAUGGUGUGGAGGUGUCACUAAUGGCACGGGUCCAUUGGCCUUGAUGCAGCCCAGUCCAGGUGCUGUCUGUUUGCUUUGUGUAUUUAUUCACUGUUCAGGGUUAUUGAUUAUCCAGAGUAAAGUACUGGAUAACCCAUGUUCCACUCAAGGAACCUUUUAUUUCAACACUACUGUACUUUUCUUAUCAAGUUGUAAGUGAUGUCAUGGAAUUUUUUUGUACACUUAUGCAAUAUUUAUUCACCUGAAACAGUAGUCGCAGUAGGAUCAGAUGAAGACUUUACUUCUUAUCUCAUCUUCAUGGUCCAAGACUGCAUGAGUCAUUUCAAAACCCCUCAUUACAACAACACAAUGUUGAGUCAUAACUUAAGAAACUAUUUUGUGCAUAAAAAAAGAGUGCAUUUGAACACUUAGACUAACUGCAGCGUUUGUGAUCGAAUAGAAAAGUCGGGAUCAUCACAGAUGAGUUGCCACGCUCAUGCCAGUGAGAUUAGCUUUUGUAAACCCACUCUCAGAGAAGGUCCUGUCCUCUAUUGUGUUGCCUUUUGAAAGAGAGGCGUUGCUCAGCAGACCUGCAAAGCCCAGCUGCACCAUGGAAUCUCAUUACGCUUUACUAUCCUGGCUGCAGACAGAGUUUUUAGGAGCCUUUAACGGUCAAGUUUAGAGUAGUUCUUGCAGGUAUAACAAGUUUAUAAGAACUUUAUUUACUAGAGAGAUGGUACAAUAACUCUACAGAAGUUUAUAAGAACUUUGUUUACUAGAGAGAUGGUACAAUAACUCUACAGAAGUUUAUAAGAACUUUGUUUACUAGAGAGAUGGUACAAUAACUCUACAGAAGUUUUGACUGUUUCUAUAUUUGGUCCUUAGUCAGAGCAACACAGCACCAUGUCAGGAAUGAUCGUCAAGUUCAGCCGCAGUGUGAGCCGUGCUGCCCCUGUCCUUAGCCGCGGCAUCCACUCUGGUAAGCGUGCAGCCUCCACAGCCGUGUCCAAACGCAAGGCAGAGCGCCCGCCGACCUCAGAGGACAUCUAUGCUCGCGAGGAAAAGUAUGGAGCGCACAACUACCAUCCCCUUCCUGUGGCUCUGGAGAGAGGGGAGGGUGAGUUAAUUUCCUUUUAAAGUCUGCAAAUUACUCGUGAGUCAUCGUCAACAACUUCCAAGAACUGUUUUUUCCCCAUGUCUACAGGCAUCUAUGUAUGGGACGUCGAGGGAAGCCGGUAUUAUGACUUCCUGAGUGCUUACAGCGCAGUAAACCAGGGUCAUUGUCACCCAAAGAUUAUUGCAGCACUGACCGCCCAGGCCUCCAAAAUCACCCUGACCUCCAGAGCCUUCUACAACGAUGUGCUGGGAGCCUAUGCAGAGUACAUCACCAACUUGUUUGGCUAUGACAAAGUCUUGCCCAUGAACACAGGUACUGCAAGGAAACAUAGAGCACUCAAUGCAAAGGUGUGUUAUACGUUUGCACAAGCGUGUGUUGACUUUUGUUCUUUUGUUAGGUGUUGAAGGUGGAGAGACUGCCUGCAAGCUUGCCCGCAAGUGGGCUUACAACGUAAAGGGUGUUCCCAAGAACAAGGCUAAAAUCAUCUUUGCAGGUACGAACAUGAAAUAUUCACAAAAGCUUCACAAUUUGGGAGUUGGUUCAGUUUGUUUGUUUUGGUUUCACAUAUGAAAAUUGUCACUAAAAUAAGGUCGACAUUUUUAGAUCUUUCUGUCAGGAAGUUUUGGUUCUAACAUAAAAAACACUUCUCCUGUAGUGCAAAUUUAGCCAUUUGUAUUGUGUGUGCAUCUGAUGGACCUCUGUGCUGUGAUGUGAUUUGAAUUUUUAAUGCUGCGACACUGAGAUUUAUGCACCACUAUUCACUCUGACAAAUACACAGACUGACAGAACCUGUGCUUAACUCAUAGUUAAGAUUUAGAGCUUGUUAAAAAAAGGGAGUAAACACGAACAAUGUAAACAACUGACUCACAAUAAGCUUAUGCACCAUUUCUCUAUGCUGCAAGCUUUCAGCAAUAACAAACCAUCUCUUCUACUUCCUGUUUAGAUGGAAACUUCUGGGGCCGCACCAUGGCAGCCAUCUCCAGCUCCAACGACCCCAGCAGCUAUGAUGGUUUCGGCCCCUUCAUGCCAGGCUUUGAGAAUGUCCCCUACAAUGACACAGCUGCUCUGGAGGUAUCACGUUUGACCAUCUUCAAAUAGAACAGCUCAAAAUGUAUCAUGUUUACUUUUAUUCCUUAGGGGAAUACACCCGUGACUUUAGCACUGUUACAAGUAGCCAAAGUGUAGAAUAGUCUCUUCAACACAGCUUUUUUAUGCGCCUUGUAAAAAUACAAAGAGGGUUUCUCUUUCAUUCACUGCAGACAAAACUGUCUGCUCUCAUAUAUCACAACAAACCUGCAUGCGCCUGAUCUUAAAUGCAAGGAAAUGUGUUUAUUUUUGUAUUCUGGGUUAUAGAGAAGCACCAUGUAACAGCUAGCAGAAGUUUCAUCAUACUUCUGUUCAGAGUUACUGUGCAGGAAAAAGGAUCCAACAAGCAGAGGCUUUGAGUCUCUUGCCAAAUUACAGCUCUCGCAAAGCUUUGUGUCCCUCACAAGACUUUGAGAGGACAAACAAAAAGAAGACGAGCUGUCACAAAGGCUGCCAUAAGCGUGUUGUCAGCGAGGUUAAAUAUUUGCACUUUACAUAGCCCUAUAUUUGAUCAAUAACUAUAUAAAGUUGAAAAGACUAUAAUCAGUUAAAAGAUACCUCCAAACUAGCUGACACAGCACACUCAUUAUCUGUGUAAACAAGAGGACUCUAGGGCAGGAUGCAGUUGCAGCUAUUUUCUAUGUAAACAAAUGCACUUAGUGAUUGACUGGAGUUGCAGGUAUUUAUUGACCUGGUUUUCAUGAGUGACUGAUAGGAUUGUCUUUUUUUAUCUCCUCUGUUCUCCAGAAAGCUCUCCAAGACCCAAAUGUCGCAGCCUUCAUGGUUGAGCCUAUCCAGGGUGAGGCUGGGGUAGUGGUCCCUGACCAUGGCUACCUGACCAAAGUUAGAGAACUUUGCACCAAAUACAAUGUGAGUUUCCAAAAACUACACAAGCAUGCAUGAAUAAAAUGUUAGUUUUGAUCUGUUAGAAUCCGUAGAUUACUCGUAUUACAGUACCUGUUCAUCCUCAGGCUGACAAACUGCACCGUUCCUGUUUAAUGACCAGAAACAACACGUUAAAAACUCUCUCAGUCUCUCUGCUGUCUGGUUCACAAGCGUUUGCGGUUUUCCCAAAGGCCUUGCUCUUCAGGCUUUGUUUGGCCUUGAGAGUAAAUAUCAUCUUUCAGGCAUUGUAAAAGAAACUUAAACACAAAGACGGCAGCAACUUCUUGCAAAGUGACUCAUCUGCCUUCCAGAUUAGGAUCAAAGGUCAACCUGCAGUCUUCGCUUCAGUUAGUUUAAGAUUUUGAUUCUCCAGGUACAAAGAGCAGAAAGAUAUUGGAUUUGACAUGUGAAAGAGCAGGAAGGUAUAGGAAGGUUUACUCAAAUAGAAAUCCAAGCACAAUAUCUUUGUAAUAACAGAUCAAUUUUAACAGUUACUAAAGGCCACUGGUUCACUUGUUUUGUUUAGGUGUUGUGGAUCGCUGAUGAGGUGCAGACAGGCCUGGCGAGGACGGGCCGGCGGCUUGCUGUGGACCACGAAGAAGUCCGUCCAGACAUAGUGAUUCUGGGCAAAGCUCUUUCAGGAGGCGUUUACCCUGUAAGCAUUUUUGUUGUCCAGACACACUUUAUUUCACGCUAUAGAUUUUGUUUUUGUAUCAACAUUUGGUGUCCACUAUUAUUGGACCAAAGUAUAGAUCCUGAUUGUUUUGAGACUUUUACCUUUGCUUUAAUUGAUCUGUUUAUCUCAGGUGUCUGCUGUGCUGUGUGACGAUGAGAUAAUGCUCACCAUCAAGCCUGGAGAGCACGGGUCCACAUUCGGAGGCAACCCUGUGGCCUGUCAGGUUGCUAUGGCUGCACUAGAGGUCAGCAUAAAGUGCAUCCUAACUUAUCCUGUUAACUCAGCGCUCUCUUUUGUUUUGCCUUUGUCUUAUUCAUUAAAUGAUUUAAAGGGGAGACCUGACAAUGCAAGCUUUAUCCUCAAACUCUUGUUGUUGAUUUUAUUGUGCAGGUGAUGGAGAAGGAGAAGCUGGCCGAGAACGCUCAAAAGAUGGGAGAGAUUCUGCGGUCUGAGCUGAACAAACUUCCAAAAGACAUUGUGACCACAGUCAGAGGAAAAGGCCUGCUGAAUGCAGUCGUUAUCAAAGAGACCAAAGGUACUGAACUGACAUUUUUCUUCAAGGCCAGCCUUUUACAAAUCACUCAAAAGUGGAAUAUGUCUUUAAUUCUGAUGUACGUUCAAUCUGUUCUCCUCCAGACUAUGACGCCUGGAAAGUGUGCCUACGCCUUCGUGACAACGGACUGCUGGCCAAGCCCACCCAUGGGGACAUCAUCCGCUUGGCCCCUCCCCUCGUUAUCAAAGAGGACGAGCUGCGGGAAUGUGUCGACAUCAUCCAGAAAACCAUCCUGUCUUUCUAA